AAUUUAUAUUCCACCAGAGCCAGAGCGAGGUUCUGCUUGGGCAAGCUUACUUCUGUAUUGUACCCCCCCCCGCCCCCGUAUUCCCCUCGUGACUGCUCUUUGUGUUCGAUCCCAUAUUAGAACCGCCGUCGGCUAGCAUCUUGUGCUGUAGUGCGGCUUCCCACGCGCCGGAAAAUGGGUCUCCGCGGUCCGACGACGUACGACGCCGAGCCCACGCGGCGUCCCGACAUGAUCGUUAACUACCAGGCGCCGUACAACGCGGAGACGCCCCCCUCGCUGCUGGGGACGGCGUUCGUGACGGGCGCGGAUGCGUUCUACGUGCGCAGCCACGGGCCCACGCCCGUGCUGGACGACGCCGCCAGCUAUCGUCUUCAAGUGGGCGGUCUUGUGCCCAAGCCGCUCGCGCUCUCCCUCCAGGAAAUCAAGUCCAUGCCAGCUGAGACCAUCGUGGCGACCAUGAUGUGUGCCGGCAACAGGCGCACGGAGAUGAGCACUAGGCGCAAGGUCAAGGGCGUGGGAUGGUCCCAGGCUGCCAUUGGCAAUGCCACGUGGACGGGGGUGCGUCUAUCGCACGUGCUGCAGCUAGCAGGAGUGACCCCGCGCUCCACGCGCACCUCGGCAGGCGGCAAGCACGUGGAGUUCACCAGCGUUGACAUCUGUCCGGAGGAGAAGGGAGGUCCCUACAAGGCUUCUCUGCCGCUCAUCCAUGCCUCUUCGCCUGAGCAGGAUGUGCUCCUCGCCUACAAGAUGAAUGGAGAGGACCUCACUCCAGACCACGGCUUCCCUCUGCGCAUCGUUGUUCCCGGGGUCAUCGGGGCGCGUUCGGUGAAGUGGCUGGAUCGCAUUGACGUGCUGUCGCACGAGUCGCAGGGCUUUUUUAUGCAGCGCGACUACAAGAUGUUCCCGCCUAACAUCGACUGGCACAACAUCGAGUGGAACACCCGCCGCCCCAUCAUGGACUUCCCUAUCCAGUCCGCCAUAACUGAGCCUGCAGUGGGGGACGCAGUGCAGCCAGGUCCUAUCACCAUUCGCGGGUACGCAGCAGUGGGUGGCGGGCGCGGCAUCGAGCGGGUGGAGGUGUCAACUGAUGGGGGCGCCACCUGGCAGGAGGCCACGCGCCUGCCGCACACCAUUGACAACCCGUCCAAGCUCGGGCUGCUGCAGGGGCCAGCAGCAGCAGGGGAGGGCGGCGGCGUGUAUGUGGCAGAUGCAGAGGAGGAGGGCGAGGGGCGGUUCAAGUGGGCGUGGGUGCUGUGGCAGCUCAACGCCACCGUCUCUCCCCCCUGCCAGAUUGUUGCGCGUGCGGUUGAUUCGUCGUCCAACACUCAACCGGAGGAUGUGGAGAGCAUUUGGAACCUGAGGGGGGUGCUCAACAACUCAUGGCAUCGUGUGGACCUCAAGGCUGCUGCUGGCACUGAUCCUCCUGCUAAGCUCUAGCUUGCUCGCAACAUGUGCUCUUGUCCUGAGACUUUCAUAACCGUUUCAGUUGCAACUCUCAGAGUAAAAAGUUGAUGAUGGGGUACAAGGGAAUGUAACCUAAGGUGUUGUACUCCAUAUGAGCAUGCACCUAUCUAGCCUAUAACAUAUACAAAACAUAUGUUGACACACCC